UGCUCUACGUAUUUUAACCAUCCAGAACCUUUGGUGGAUAUCCUGCCAAGUAUCAGUUAAAAGAAGACCUUCAUAGUAUUUGUUACAACGGCAAAUGUCACAAACACAGUUAACAGUACAAGCCAGUGGAGAACAAGUCCAUAACUUGUGGAUAGCAUGGCUUUGGGUUUGCCACCACUCAAUUUCAAACCCCAUUGUUCCUCCACUUCCACCUUCUCAUCUUCUUCAACCAACUACCGCCCUGCCGUCAUCCUUCCUGGGUUAGGGAAUAAUACAGGUGACUAUAAGAAGUUGGAGUUCACCUUGCAAGAGUAUGGAGUGCCCACCGUUGUUGCUAAGGUUUCAAGAAUUGAUUGGCUGAGGAAUGCAGCUGGCUUGGUGGACCCUAACUACUGGAAAGGCACUUUGCAGCCUAGGCCUGUUCUCGACUGGUAUUUGAAGAGGGUUGAUGAUGCAGUUCAAGAAGCAGAGGAAUUGGCACAAGGUGGGAAAUUGUCAGUGAUUGGCCACUCAGCUGGAGGGUGGCUAGCUCGUGUUUACAUGGAAGAAUUUGGACUCUCCCACAUCUCCUUGCUUCUCACUCUUGGUACUCCCCACUUGCCUCCUCCGAAAGGUUUGCCAGGGGUCAUUGAUCAAACAAGGGGCCUACUAUAUUAUGUUCAACAACACUGCAAAAAAGCCGUUUAUACUCCUGAGUUGAAAUAUGUAUGCAUUGCAGGGAGGUAUCUUCAGGGGGCUCGUUUUGUUAACGACUCAAAAGUGGCAGUUGAGUCUAUGGCCACCAUUGAUGAUGACCAACAAGUAUCAGAUGUUGCUGUUGUGAAAAAUAAGACAGAUUCAACCCCUGUUUCCACAACCUUCCAAGCUCGGUUUGUUGGCCAAGGGUACAAACAGGUUUGUGGGGAGGCAGAUGUUUGGGGUGAUGGAGUUGUGCCAGAAGUAUCGGCUCACUUAGAGGGAGCCCUUAAUAUAAGCUUGGAUGGAGUGUACCACUCACCUGUUGGUUCAGAUGAUGUAUCAAGACCAUGGUAUGGUUCUCCCGCAGUUGUAGAGCAAUGGAUUCAUCAUCUCCUCAACUGAUCAAGUCUGAGAGAAUAUACACAUAAAUAUAUAUUAUCUCUUCAUGUAAUCUUUGAUUUGUUGAUGAACUUCUCGUACCUAAUAACCUGCAUUAGUUUGAACUUCAAUAUAUGCAAGAGCAAGGUUCACUGCACUGGAAGGCAGUUGAAAUUCAAAACGAACAA